GGUUUGCUUUGGACGCGAUUUGCAUUUAGUUGUAAUGUUUUGUUAAUAAUAAAUAUGAUUUGAAUUGCGAUAGAAAUGAGUGUCAAUACAAAUGAGACACUAAUCAUGAAAAGCCAUCGAAAGGACAACAAAAGGCAUUCAUUGAAUGCGUGCGAAGAAGAGGACGACGAAGAGCUGAUUGGAUCCGAUGACGACGAACAGGAAGACCCCAACGACUACGUGAAGGGAGGUUACCAUCCCGUGAAGAUCGGCGACGUCUUCAACAACCGCUAUUGUGUCGCCCGAAAGCUCGGAUGGGGACACUUCUCCACCGUUUGGCUCUCUUGGGAUCUCACCGACCGCCGCUUCGUUGCCCUCAAGUGUGUGAAGAGUGCAUCACAUUAUACGGAGACAGCCGUCGAUGAAAUCAAAUUACUUAAAAGUGUACGGGAAAGCGAUUCAGAGGAUCCCUACGGACACCGUGUGGUGCGGCUCUUGGAUGACUUCAAACUGAGUGGAGUGAACGGCAACCACGUUUGUAUGGUGUUUGAGGUGUUGGGCUGUAAUCUAUUGAAACUCAUUAUCCGAUCUAAUUAUGACGGAAUACCUCUCAUAAACGUUAAGCGAAUCAUAAAACAAGUUUUGCAAGGGUUGGAGUAUUUGCACACCAAAUGUAAGAUAAUUCACACCGAUAUUAAACCCGAGAAUAUUCUACUGACGGUCGACGAGUCGUACGUCCGACGGCUGGCCAAUGAGGCCUAU